AGGUACGAAUACGGCGAGUUGAUUAGCCGGUAUUUGGCAGAAAAUUGGAGCUGGUGAUCUCUCGCGCAUCGUUCAUCGCCGUUUGGUCUUCGUGGUUCUUGGUCUGCAUCCGCUUGGGUCGUAUUCUCCUUCCUGUGGACAUACUGCAUUUAUUUCGUGAAAAGUUUGCAAGAAAAAAAUGACCGAAGUGGACACUAGCAAAACUGGCCAGGUGAUUCGGUGUCGAGCUGCCGUGGCAUGGAAAGCCAAAUCGGAUCUGACCAUCGAAGAGGUCGAAGUGCAACCACCAAAGGCGCAUGAAGUCCGCAUUAAAGUCACCAGUUCCGGUGUCUGCCAUACAGAUGCGUAUACUCUGAGUGGUGCAGAUCCCGAGGGUGUCUUCCCUGUAAUUUUAGGCCAUGAGGGUGCCGGCAUCGUGGAAAGCGUUGGCGAAGGUGUCAAGGAUUUUAAAGCUGGAGACCAUGUUGUUGCCUUGUACAUUCCACAGUGCUAUGACUGCGAGUACUGCAAGCAUCCUCGCACUAACUUGUGCCAGAAAAUCAGGAUUACACAGGGCAAAGGUCUGAUGCCUGACGGAACAUCUCGUUUCAAAUGUAAAGAUAAAGAGGUCUUCCAUUUUAUGGGAUGCAGCACGUUUUCGGAAUAUACCGUUGUGGCAGACAUCUCUUUAUGCAAGGUUAACAAUUCGGCGCCACUGGAUAAGGUCGGUCUGCUGGGAUGCGGAAUCACCACAGGGUAUGGAGCCGCCCUGAAUACUGCUGAUGUUCAGCCUGGCACAACCGUGGCGGUGUUCGGACUGGGCGCGGUGGGAUUGGCGGUGAUGAUGGGAGCACAGCAGCGCGGUGCCAAGCGCAUCAUCGGCAUCGAUAUCAACCCGGAAAAGGAAGCUGUCGGGCGAAAGUUCGGAAUGACCGACUAUGUCAACCCGAAGGAUAAGGAACAUAGCGAUAAGCCGAUUCAGCAAGUCCUGAUCGACAUGACCGACGGUGGACCGGAUUACACCUUCGAGUGCGUUGGGAAUGUGCAGCUGAUGCGUUCCGCAUUGGAGGCGGCCCAUAAAGGCUGGGGUGUCUCGGUAAUUAUUGGCGUGGCGGGCUCCGGACAAGAAAUCAGCACGCGACCCUUCCAGCUGGUGACGGGACGGACCUGGAAGGGGACGGCGUUCGGCGGGUUCAAGUCCCGCGACUCGGUACCCAAGUUGGUGGAUGACUAUCUGAAGAAGAAGGUGAAGAUCGAUGAAUUCAUCACCCAUACCAUGCCCAUUGCCGAAAUCAAUAACGCUUUCCAUUUGAUGCAUGAUGGCAAAAGUAUUCGCGCUAUGGUGAAUUUUUAAGCUCGUGGAUUGGAUUAGUGGCGAGUCGGUGGAUUGCUUGUGUUGGAUGGGGCAAAGCGCGGAACCGUUUUGGGUAACUCAACUGUUUUAGAUUUUAGCCCUCUGUUUUUAAGCUUCCAAUUUGGUCAUAUUGUUGGGAUUUUGUAGAAUAUUUUCAGUUAAUGCUUAAAGUAAGUCUUCUAAAUUUUGGUGACGGUUUGGUGUUUGUGAGUUGCCGUCUCAUAGCCUGGUAGCGUGUUUUAAAUUUUUUUUUAAAUGUUGAGUUUGCGAUCAAAAUUUACGAACAAGG